AGUGCACUUAAUGUAGGGAGUAGGGCGCCAUUUGGGAUUCAGCCUAGAAGAAGGAUUCGGUAAAACGCGGGGAAGUUUGGUUUGUGUUGUGUGGCAUGAUAUUAACUAAGUGGACUUAUGUGAGGUGAAUGAGAUAGAGCUAUGGACAGAUAUGUUCUUAUUGUGGUAAUUAAUCAGGAAGCGAAGAAAGAGAGCUCUUUCAGCGGGAUUGAAGCUGCCAGAAAGGUGUAUAACAAGCUAAAAGAUAUUUGCAGGACUGACAGCACGACACGGCUUUCUCCCCUUCCAGCUUGCUCUCUGAGUGGAACUCCUGCCUCCCCAAAAUGGUUCUUCGCUAUUCAAGCAACUCAUGGCCCGACACAGUUCUGUAGCUCAGAGUGGGAUGAGGUGUGUGUGCAGCACAGUGAUGGUGAAGAGUCUGUGCUUUCUCCUGUGGACAGCUGUGUCUGCGCCCUGCAAGAGCAAGAGGAGCAGAGCCAGCUGUCUGAGAUCACCUCACACACGGAGCUCUUUGAGGAAGCAGCUGAUUCGCUUCAUCAGUUAGCAGACAAACUUCCUCCUCCAGGAAGGUUCCUGUUGGAUGUAAUUCUGCUGUGUGAGGGUGAGGUAGGAAUGAAGGACUUGCUGCCAGUGAUCGGUUCCCUGAAGCAUAUGCGGGCUUGGCACUCUGCACAGAUGACAGUCAUCACAGAGCAAAGUGCAGGAUGGCGAACAGCAGCCUCGUACCUGUCGGGCCGUGUGUGUUCUCCCUCUGAUCUAGAGAGCUGCAUCGAUGCCAGUGAGCUUUGGAGAGGGGGACUGCUGAUCCGAGAGAAGAAGUUUGUCUCUGAGCUGCUGUUUGAGGGGUUCAGUUUGAAGUGGCAGAUCGGAGGUGGCCGGAGCCACAUGUCAGACCCCUGCUGCUUUACUGACCACAUGAUUCAGCCUGAAGUGUUUCACUAUUACCAGCCAGUGCUGGAGCUGAUCCAGUUGGUCAGAGUCGCAGAUCUCCCAGUGAUUCUUCUUUCUGCCACUGAGUUUGAGCUUGCAUUGUCCAGCAAAUCCGCCAAAGCCAAACUUCUGUUAGAACAGCUCAGAGCUCUACGGGGAGAGGUUGGAGCUCUGUUCUCUCUUUCCUGUGUGGUGAGCGUUGAAGCCUUUCCUCCAGCCUCCCAGCUCAGUGCCUCCAAAUGGAGGGAUUUUGUGGCCAAGCGCCCAAAAGCUUUCUCUGCUCCUGAUGUCAGGGUGAAAGGAGAGAAAGGCCACUAUCUUCUCUUGGUUCAGGGGGCAGAGACUGGUGGCUGCAAAGCACGAUUAAUACACUCCUCCAAUCAGAUUAAUGGUGCUGUUGCUCUGGCAACAAUCAACAGCCUUGUACAGGAAAAAGUUUCAUUAUCCUCAGGCACCGAGAUUGCUGAUUGGCUGCAAUCUCUGCCCCGUCUCUGUGGAGACGACCUCUUGCGGAGGGAGAGGAGGCUGGCCAGGGUCCAGCACCGGGUCGUCCAGGAAUGUGCCCGUAAGUGGUUACCUGGGCAACCGGAGACCUCUGGCAUGAACUCUUACUUGUUCACAUGGAAUUUUCAGCGAAACCAUAGAAGAAGAGAGGAGGCACAGAAGCCCGCAGCUGUGCCACUAAAUGACCUGAGAGUACUGCUGCGUCUGGCCAGAGAGCAGUACCUAAAGAUGCAAAAUGCCAUGCAGCCCAGAGUAUGUGUGCCAGUAGAGAAGGAGAACCACACUUCUGUUACAGGAGCAGACAAUAAGCACACCGCCCACUCAGAAUUGCCAGAGAGAAGUGUUCUGAGGAACUAUGAAAACGCGCAGAAGAUCCGGCACAAAAACAGGUCUAGCCUCUUCAGCAGUGGCUCUUCAGACUGUCUUAUGGGCCCUAAAGAUGGCCAGAAGAGUGUUUCUGCACCACUGGAUGCACGAGAGCUGCUUAAGCACUUCACUGCUGAUGGGCUACCAAGUGGAGAACUACAACCUCUCCCUGUCCUCAGACGGGAUAAUGCGUUCCAGUUGUCGCCUGAUCUCACUCCCAGAAAAGUGACCAGACUUCCAUUCAGGCAAGCAGCCAGCGCUCACUACCAUGGCAUAGAGUUUUGCUUGGACGAGCGGAAGGCUCUGGAGAGAGACUGUGGAUUUGCACGCUUGCAGUCACGGCUAAUCCGCUUCGAGACCCAGACUACGUGCUGUAAGGAGCCGUGCCCGGUGCCGCUGGCUCUGAGCCCUAUGCCCGCACCUACUCCCUCGCCCUCUGAACCUGGCAGCGUACCGGACGGAGAAGCUGCACACAACGAUCUACCUCAUCUCAAACGCCGCUCCCGUGAACCAGACGCGCACACACAUCAGCAAAAAAGGUUGGUCAAGUCAGAGAGCAGUGAGUCUCUGGGCUCUCAGUGCAGUGGAGGUAGUGGUUCACACCCAGCCGUGAGAGCUCUGCAGCAGCAGUCAGGCCGUUCUCUCUCCUGCUCCAGCUCAACCAGACGCUCCACUGCUGGAGCUGAAAGUUCCAACGAGCCUCCAGCCAGCCAGAAAUCUAGCCAGGGCCAAACUGAGUCACGUUCACAGAAACACAAUCGGAUGCUGAAGGAGGUGGUUGCAAAGACACUGAAGCACUAUGGCAUCACCAGCGAGCACAAGUGCUUCAAGGCCUGCAGUCAAAGACUGUUUGAUGUAUCAAAGCUCUAUCUGAAGGACCUGAAAACGUCACGGGGUCUCCAUGAGGAAAUGAGAAAAGCAGCUGGUCGAAAUGCUAAGCAGGUGAUCGACUGGGUUGUGGAGAAAGCCAAAAAAUGAUGUGUACGUCAGAGGUGUGUACACACCACGUGUUUACCUGUUUUGCAUUAUGUAGUGUCUGUAUGAUGUGUUAGUGUGUAUUAAAGUGUGUUUUAUUUUACA